AUGAAAAUUCUCAUUACUUCCGAUAACCAUUUAGGAUAUAAAGAAACAGAUACUAUACGAAAGAAUGAUUCAUUUAUAACCUUUGAUGAAGUACUACAAAUAGGUGUCAGUAAUAAUGUAGAUCUUAUUUUACAAGUAGGUGAUCUAUUUCAUGAUAAUAGACCUUCUAGAUAUUGUAUUAAUAGAACUAUAAAUAUUAUUAGAAAGAAUAUUGUAGAUGAAUGUAUAGAAAAUGAAAAUAUUCCAUCACUAGCUACUUAUAAACUUAAAAUCCCUUUUUUAUGUAUUCAUGGUAAUCAUGAUGAUCCUUCCGGUUUAAAUAAAAUAAGUACCUUAGAUAUACUUCAUUCUGCUGGACUAGUAAAUUAUAUUGGUAAAGAUUCUAUAUUAUGUGAUUAUGUACAGUAUAAUAACAUAAGAAUAUACGGUGUAGGAUAUGUAAAAGGUAAAAAUGUUACAGAUAUUUUUAAAAAGAUAGAAUAUAAAGAUUUAACAACAGAUUUUUUUAAUAUUUUACUUGUACAUCAAAAUAGAGUGCCUAGAAAUAAAGAUUAUCUCUGCCCCACUUCUGUACCUGAUUCUUUUAAUAUGUUAAUAUACGGUCAUGAACAUGAUCCAGUUAUAAUAAGAAAUAAAACAUUCUUAUUACAGUGUGGGUCAACAAUUAGAACCAGUCUUUGUGAAGCAGAAUGUAACCAAAAGUUCUGUUAUAUCUUUGAAACAGGUAUAAAUGUACUUAAUAAGAUUAAAUUAAAUAGUAUUCGACCGUUUAUAAUGGAAGAUACUAAUUUAUAUGAGGAAAAAGAAUUAAUCAAUUAUAUUAAUUUACUUCUAAACAAUGAAAAUUCUUUAUUGUCUAAUGAAAAUUUAGAAGAAGAACCAAAGAAACAAAAAAUAUCUAAUGAAGAUUUUAAUGAUGGUUUUUCGCACCAUAAACCCAUUACUGUAGUAAAUUUAGAAAAUAAUUUAAAAUAUCCUACACUUUUACCACUUGUAAGACUUAGAAUUUUAACUACGAAUGUUUUAAAUGUUAAUAAAAGCAGAUUAAGUCACUUGUUUAAAGAUAAGAUUAGUAAUCCUUCUGAAAUAAUAAAAUUAAUACCACAUAAAAAAAUUAAAGAUAAACCAUCAACAAUAGUUUAUCAGUCACAAAAUAUUACAGAAAUUAUAGCUAACCAUUUAAAAUGCACUCCUUUGGAAUGCAUUCCAGAAUACAAGUUUAUUGAGCAUUUUAAUAAAGAUAGUUCAUUUAUUGACAUGGUUACAGAGAAUACUGAUAAUCUUACACAAAAUAUACAAUAUGACAACUGCUUGAUAGCUGAUCUUGAAAGUGAAAUACGAAAAAUUAAAAAUGAAUUAUGUAAACUACACAUGGUAGAAAAAAAGGCUAAUAAUAAUUUAGAAAAUACGAACAAUUCAUCUCAUGUUGACCAUUUUACUGACAAUAAUGUAAAUAAAGUGAUAACAGCAAAAGAUAGUAAGACUUUAAGGAAAUCUAUAAACAAUAAUAUUGUUAUUAAUAAUAUACUUAAGAAUGAAGACAUUGUAGAUGAUUUUAUAAAAAUAGGCAGUCCUGCCUUUACUAGUGAAAUAUCCGGAAUGUUUGAUAAUGAAUCUUUUACAUCUAAAGAACGCGAAAUAGACCCAUCAAAGGUGAAUAAUUUAGAUAAAGAAGUUCUAAACAAUACAAAUACUGUUAACAAAGAUGUUGAUGAUACAUCAUCCAAUUUUAUUCGUCUACAGGAUGUUAGUAACAAUACAAGAAAAAUUUAUGAAGAUGAGUCAGAUAGCACAGAUUUAUUUAUAGAUUUUUAA